AUGGCUAUUGCGCUGGCUGAAGUCGACAAGUAUGAUGUGUUGGAAAGAAUAGGAUGCGGGUCAUUUGGUGUGAUUCGCAAGGUCAGACGUAAGGUUGAUGGCUAUAUCCUUUGCCGCAAGGAAAUUAACUACGUCAAAAUGUCACAAAAGGAGCGCGAGCAACUUACAACAGAGUUCAAUAUUCUCAGUUCCCUUCGACAUCCCAAUAUCGUUGCAUAUUAUCAUCGAGAACAUCUGAAAGCUUCCCAGGACCUUUACCUGUACAUGGAGUACUGCGGUGGUGGGGACCUUGGGGUGGUUAUUAAAAAUUUGAAGGCCACUGGUAAAUACGCGGAAGAAGAGUUUGUUUGGCGAAUUUUCUCUCAGCUUGUGACCGCGUUGUAUCGGUGUCAUUAUGGGGUGGAUCCCCCGGAGGCAGGAUCAAAUGUGCUGGGCCCACCACCGAAUAAUAAGCCUUCCGGUUUGAAAGGAAAACAAGCCCAGAUGAUGAUCCUGCAUCGUGAUCUGAAACCAGAAAACAUCUUCCUGGGUGAGGAUCAGUCUGUCAAGUUGGGAGAUUUUGGCCUUUCUAAGCAAAUGCGAUCUCACGACUUUGCCUCAACAUACGUUGGAACACCCUUUUAUAUGUCCCCAGAAAUAUGUGCAGCCGAAAAAUAUACCCUCCAUUCGGACAUUUGGGCGGUUGGAUGUAUCAUGUACGAACUUUGCCAGAAAGAGCCUCCCUUCAACGCCAGGACGCAUAUCCAGCUUGUCCAAAAAAUCCGUGAGGGGAAAUUUGCACCUCUACCGGAUAUCUACUCUUCCGAGCUCAAGAGUGUCAUUGCUUCUUGUUUGAAGGUCAACCCGGAGCAGCGACCAGACACCGCUGCUUUGCUGCAAAUGCCAGUUAUUCGCCUAAUGAGGAAGGAAAAAGAAGUUGUGGACUUGGGGAAUUCGUUGCGUAAGAAGGAGGAAGCUAUGUCGCUGAAGAGGGAAGAACUUGAGCUCAGCUACUCACGUCUCGAUAAAGAAAAAGCAGCCAUGAAAAUUGAUAUUGAAAACAAGGUUCGCCGCGAGUGGGAAGUAAAGGCAAGGCUCGAGAUUGACCGUCUGGUACAACUAGAGCUUGAGAGGCUUCGGAAACGAUUCGACAUAGAAGUUCAAGAAAAAGUUGUAGCAGAGCUGCAAAGGCAAACAAAGUGCUGCUCCGCACUCAUAGAGGAAACUGCCUCAGUUUCCUCAGCGGAACAUUCUUGCCAAUCGUCCAUCGGAACUGGGAAUACAGACGAUAAUUUCCCUUCAUCCACAGAUCUCAGCGAGCUGUCGCUUGACUCCCCGACGUCCGAAAGCAGCAAACCACUAAGAAGAGCUGGUAGAACGCCGUUCAACCGGGCGAAAAUUAUGCUUGAAUCUCCUCAUGAUAUACAAAUGGCUGAACCCUCGCCAGUGUCCAUCGCUUCAUUGUCCCUCUCUUCCCGCCGCACUGCCGGAAAUAGUACUUCCAAAAAUAUAUUUGCUGAAGGUGCAAGAUCAAAUCACAAGUGGGAACCCUGUCUAACAUACACCUCUGAUGAUGAAGAUGAUAUGCCUGAUGUGCCCUCUCCCACGCGACCAAGAGUUAGACCUGAUCCUAUUAAAGCCCCUGUAAGACCUUUACUUCGACAGGAUACCACUGCCAUGGUGCAGAAAUUGAGCACACAACCCAGCCUGUUCCCAUCCAAGGCUUCAGGACAACACCACCUUACCACUACAGUAUCAUAUAACGAUCUUAGACGUGUUGCCUCAGAUGCAAAGCCUAAAUCCCCCCGUCACCUAACUAGAAUCUUGUCUUCUACAAGUCUCUCUGGAGAAAGUGUAUCUCCCCGGCGCGCGGCAGCUAAACCACCCACAUUUAAAGGAAACGGCGGGGGCGAUGAAAUGUUUAAAGCUGUUCUUCAGCGGAACAUGGGUGGCCGGACGCUAGUCGAACUUGCGCAAGCUAGAGCAGGAGGUAGAGCAAUCGACGAUGCGAAGCGAAAUGGUGGUGAUUCCAGAAUUUCGGCAGCAGGUGUUUCUCCUAACACUCUCGGCACUGGUGUUAUGAGAACAGCUGAGAGAGACCCUCCCGCGACCUGGGACCCGGAGAAAGACGAAAUGCCCAGCCCGUUUUUGGCCAGGGGUGCCAGGGUCAUUCGCAACCUUCGAUAG